UCGACUUCGUCGUGAAACACCGACAUUUUAAAGUCUAGUUCUUACGGCUUAAAAUGUCUUACUACUCAAGAGGGUUGUGUAUCACGCGGCUUCGGCACUAAAUGUCGCAGACAUAUGACAUACUAAAGGCAAAGCAAGAAAGGAACUGGGCACAACUGAGAACAGCAUCAAACACAGCUGUAAUUGGACCCAAAAUGGCAGAACGUUAUGAUUGUCACUAUUGCAAGGAGUCCCUGAUUGGGAAGAAGUAUGUUCUGCGAGAAGAAAACCCUUACUGUGUGAAGUGCUACAACAGCCUUUACUCCAACACCUGCGAUCAGUGUAAGAAACCCAUUGGCUGUGACAGCAGGGACCUUUCCUACAAGGACCUCCACUGGCAUAGCGACUGCUUCCAGUGCUUUAAGUGUAGACGCUCCUUAGCGGACAAACCGUUCUCCAUCAAGGAUGAGCAGAUGCUCUGCACUGAGUGCUAUGUCAGCGAGUAUUCGUCUAAGUGCCAUGAGUGCAAGAAGACUAUCAUGCCUGGUUCGAGGAAAAUGGAGCACAAGGGCAACAGCUGGCAUGAGACAUGCUUCUCCUGCCAGCGUUGCCAGCAACCAAUUGGCACCAAGAGCUUCAUCCCAAAAGAUGACAGGAACUACUGUGUCCCCUGUUAUGAGAAGCAGUUUGCUCUCCAGUGUGUGCAGUGCAAGAAGCCGAUCACCACUGGAGGUGUGACCUACCAUGAGCAGCCGUGGCAUAAAGAUUGCUUCCUGUGCACAGGCUGCAAGGAGCAGUUGGCUGGCCAGCGCUUUACUUCUCGUGAUGACUUUCCUUACUGCCUCGGCUGUUUCUGCAACCUUUAUGCUAAGAAGUGUGCCUCCUGUACCACCCCUAUCAGUGGUCUGGGUGGCAGCAAGUAUAUUUCCUUUGAGGAGCGUCAGUGGCAUCAUGACUGCUUCAACUGUACAAAGUGCGCUGUGUCCUUGGUGGGUCGUGGCUUCCUGACUGAGAGAGACAAUAUCCUGUGUCCUGAAUGUGGCAAAGAUAUCUGAGCACAGACCAUCUGAGCAGCUGACAGCAUGAAAGAGUAGGUAGUUGAUGUCAUAUGACUAUUUUAAUAUAACCAGCCUUAAAUUUUGUCAAACCUUUUACUGACAUAUUCUGACAUUCAAUCUGUAAGUGAUUCAUAUGUAUUUUAUAUUUAACUAGAUACACCAUUAUAUCAUUAUGAAGGGGGAAAUUCAUCAGGCUGGUUAGCCAACCCAAAGUAGUACAUGCUUUGUGAAAGGCUUCAUGCUGACUAUUUUAAGACUAUUUUAAUUGAAGAUAUUUUAGAUUUCUAUUCUUAACACUAAGAUAAACUAAUGAUUCUGUAAUUGUUUAUCUGCAG